AUGAGUCAAAGUAUCUCUGCCAAUAAGGCACAGACCUCAUCCAUUGCCCGGGAAUCGCUCGUAGAAGAAUCGUCACUUUCUUCUGUAACGUCUCCAAUUACUGGUAACCCAAUUCCCAACAACAAAUCUUCAGUCGGACUUCAAGAAGGAGCCGAGAAUUCAUCAUGGAGUAGUCGAUCAGCAAAAGUCCACCUAUUAACUCGUCAAGCCUCUUUCAGCGCUCCACACAGUCCGGAUUCUCAAUAUCUAUCUUCAUCGCUAACUAAAUCAUCUUCGCUAAGGGCAUCAAGUAAAAGUGCCUCGACAACAAAUUUAGUAGCUCGUUAUCCGCCUGUGUUAGCUAAUAAGAGUAAUAAUUUUUUAGCGAAUGCAGCAAUUUAUAGGUUGAAUAGUAUGAAGUCGAGCAUAAGAUCAUCAGAGUCUGCAAAGGCACCGUCCGAUACGGCCGAUCAUCGUUCGUUACAAAAUAAUAUAACUGACGCACAUUUUACACCAACAUUUGCACGUAAUCCAUUCAGUGACGAUGACCAUGAACUAUUCACUGAUAGUACAUCAGUAUCUUUAUUAUCAACUUCGCCUAAACAACUUGACGGAUCAUCGUUUCCCCCAACCACAUCAACCCAAUCCGAGAAAGCUCAAGAGCAGGCAACUAAAGAGAAAGGGAAAAGAUCGAGUUGGGAUUAUAUCGAACUUUUGGCUUUGGAUAGUUUUCGUAAUUGGAUAUUAAGUUUCUGUGUAGUCAAGUUUGACUUGGAGUUGGGACAAGCGAUGGAUCUAAUAUAUCCACCAUCUGAUCUGACUGAGGAGGAGAAAAAGAACGUUUGUUUUUUGGCGUUUCCUGAUUCGAAUUGUUUUGACGAAGGAGAUACAGUGUACAAUUUUAGAAUGAGAUCCUUGCGGAACAGAGCGGCUGCUUCAGGUCCAGAAACAGAUACUUGUUUUUUAUAUGGAUACGUAUUCUUUAGACAGAAGAGAGACCCGACUAUACGCCGUGGAUAUUUUCAGAAAUCAUUGGUAUUUUUAUCGCCAUAUCCAUAUGUUGGUUUAUUCUCAAACCUCGUGUCAAUAUUGGGUCCAGCGUACUUUGAAAUGGGAAAGCCUAUGCUUGAGGCAGCUUGUCAUAAUGUUGCCAGCUGGAAACCUCCAUCUCCAGGCAAAACGUUUGAACUUCCAUUUCUUGGUAACGUUCUUCAAGUUGAGAUACCACAGAAAAAUAAACCUCAAUUGCUCGAGACCAGCCCGUUCGAUAUGGCCAAUUACAGACAAGAAACGCAGAUUCUUGCGUCGCUGCCUCCGAAAACUCUAUUUUCUCAUUUUCGAGACAUGAUCAAAGACUUGUGGCUGUGUUGGGAGCUGAUGGUACUUGCCGAACCUUUGGUGUUAAUGGCUCCUGAUCCGAAGAUAUGUAGCGAGGCUGUUGUUGAGCUGGUUGAUCUUAUUAAUCCGAUACCGUACUGUGGAGACUAUCGUCCAUAUUUCACAAUACAUGAUACAGAUUUCAAGUCAUUUGUUACAAAGAACAAGCCACCAUCAAAUAUAAUACUUGGAGUAACUAAUCCAUUUUUUAAUAAAGCCAUGCAGCAUUGGCCCAACAUAAUAAGAGUUGGUAAACCAAAGUUAAGACGCGCGACAGAAACGUCCUGGAGGUACAUCAACAAUCCAUCUUCGCUGGACUUUGUACAGGGAGUAAAAUCAAAGCGUAAACCGGUGAUUGCCAAAGAUAAGUCGGUCUUGAAACUAACAGCAGCCGCUAUAGCAAAAGGUUAUCCACCAGACUAUCUUGUGAACAAUACCUUGAGGCGUUACUUUGUUGAUUUGACUGAAAAAUUUCUGGUGCCAUUGAAUCGCUAUUUUUCAACAUUAAUUCCUGUAAACGUGUCGCUCUCAUCAUCGCGUGAGCCUCCUCAACUGAAGCCAUUUAGAACUGACUGUUUCCUCAAGUCUUUGCAAGAUCAUGGAUCCCAGAUUCCGUUUAAAUCCAAGAUUUCGGCAACUUCGACCGAGGUAUACGUAAAUUUUUAUCAACAGUUUCUAAAAUGCGGUAAUUUUGCAACCUGGCUGCAUCAACGUACAAUCGAAGCACAGAGUGAACUACGCAGGAGAUACUUGCAAGUAUUGUGUGAAGAUGAUGUAUGUAAAUGGAUGUUUGGGAAGGAUGAAGUAGAGCUAAUAGAUUUAUUGGUUCGUAUCAAAGACGAGCUGAAAACACCAAUGCAGACAACUGAUGCUGGACAACAAAUAUCAACACGAUCUGCUGAUAUAACAAACAAUUCGUUGUUGACAGCCAAGCAAAGAGACAAGCUGAAAGAGCAGGCUCGUAUUCUAGUCUCUGGUUUGCCUAAAGAUCUGAGGGAUUCAUUAGCAGUAAAUUUCCUCUAA